CAAACAGGCGCCAUUUCUAAUCUGCUACCAAGAGGAUAUACCAGGAAGACCCGCUAUCAAGCAAGAUGGCCGCGGCUAGUGAUGAUAGGCCUAUAAUCACCGAUUCUCUCAAUCUUAAGAUCGUUGGUAUUUUCCCAUUGAACAAAAUCGACGACGUAUUCGUUGAACUUGGCUUCAAGCAGGUAGACAUCGAAAAGAGGAGAGUCAUCGCCCAGUUGAGUUCGUCGCUCGACCGUUUGGUUACAGACCUCCUGAGCUCGUGGAAAACUAAACACGGUUGUGGAUAUGAUCAGGCCCAGACUCUGAAGGCUGCCAUGAAGAAACAUAGCAUCGACGGGGCCGUGGAGUUAAUACAAGAAGCUAUUGACGAGGUCAAUCCACCAACGAAGGGCAGUCUGCCUAAAGAGAACGUUAAUACCCUGCCUCCUAAUCUGCUAUAAAAAAAACACGAAUCUUGACUCCCUGCUCCGUUUCCUCUCAUUGCAGUCGGUAUUCGCGUCAAUGAGGGCGUUGAUUCUUCUCUGUAAGAUGGAUUGAAAGUAUUUUUUGUAAUGAUUUCCAAGAUGUAACCACUUACUAGUCUAAUGUAAAAAACUUAUUAAUGUCGACUUUCAUUUGUAUAGGAUAAUGUUUCGACUUCACAGAUCAGAUAAAGGAUCUGAUAAAGGAGAAUUAAAAAAAAAAAAUUGUAUCGCAUUAU